AUGAAGUUAUUCCAAUCCGACUAUUUAUUCAAUUACCCCUGGGAUCAAGUAACCGCCGCCAAUUGGCAAAAGUACCCAAACGAGCUUUCAACUCAUGUGGUUUCGGUGGACAUUUUAAACAGAAGACUAGUCAAUGACCACGUCCUACGCACCGAAAGAUUGAUUGGAUGUAAACAGUCAAUACCGAGAUGGCUUUCUUUUUUGGUUGGAGGUGCAUCUUUGAGCUACGUACGUGAAGUAUCAGAAAUUGAUUUGAACAACAAGACUUUGGUGAUGAAGUCGAUGAAUUUAACCAUGAAUCAUUUGUUAUUGGUGAAAGAAACUGUCAUCUACAAACCCGACUUAAACUUACCAUCACACAAGACUACAUUUAACCAAAGUGCUGAGAUUACUGCCUUUGCUGGGGUAUCGAAGUUGUGUGACAAGUUGGAACAUUGGAGUGUUGAGAGAUUUGGCCAGAAUGCUAAAACUGGUAGAUUGGCUUUUGAAACUGUGUUGAACCGUUUGACUGAGAAAUGGGAUCAAACAGGGGUAUUUUUAAAGAGCUGA